GAUGAAGGUCUUAAGCAUGAUGAAUCUUUUUUUCUUUUUCCCUUUCUUGUUAACCAUAACCAGCGCUCUAUCCCCUUCCCCCGCUGUCAUUAUUGUUGGCGCUGGAAUGUCAGGCAUUUCAGCAGCAAAACGACUCCAUGAUGCUGGGAUCAAAGAUAUCCUAAUACUAGAGGCAACAAACAGAAUUGGUGGUAGAAUUAAAAAGACUAACUUUGCAGGCUAUACAGUUGAGAUGGGAGCAAAUUGGCUUCAUGGACUAGGAGGUCCCAAGAGGAAUCCACUCUAUGAAAUGUCCAAGCAAAUCCAUCUUAAGAAAUUCUUCUCCGACUUCAGCAAUAUCUCAUUCAACACCUAUAAACAAGAGGGUGGAUUGUACAAAGAUGACGAGGUAGAUGCAGCGAUUGAGAAAGUUGAUGAAACAUUAGAUUAUGGUGAAAAAUAUUCCAACUUGUUAAAUUUGGAGAAGAAUAAAGAAGAUGAUAUGUCCAUUUUGGCUCUUGAACGUCUUCGUAAGACAGAUCCAAGAACUAGGCUUGAAAAAAUGAUAGAUUUCUUCACCUUUGAUGGAGAACAAUCGGAGGCCCCAAGAAUUUCAAGCUUAAAACAUGUAUUACCACUUUCUGAGUCCGAACAAUUAACUACUCUAUUCGGUGAAAAUGCUUACUUUGUGGCUGAUUCAAGAGGCUUUGAGAGUUUGGUCCAUCUUAUUGCCAAACAAUUCCUCUCCUACAAAAAUGGUGCUAUCAGUGAUCCUAGGCUCAAGUUCAAUCAGGUUGUAAGAGAGAUUGAUCAGUCAAAAGGUGGAGUAACGGUUAAAACGGAAAAUGGCAUGAAGUACAAAGCCGAGCUUGUUAUAAUGUCCCCUAGUAUUGGUGUCUUACAAAGUGAUCUUAUCAGCUUCAGACCACAACUUCCUGUAAGCUUUGGGAUCCCUUUAGUACCUUCAACUUGUCAAGAUUUCUCCUUACCUUAUAAAAAGAAGCUAUGGAAAAGACGUGCAAUCUCAGACUUUAACAUCGGAAUCUAUACCAAAAUCUUCCUCAAGUUUCCUCGUGCAUUCUGGCCUACUGGAAAUGGCACUGAAUUUUUCCUCUACGUUCAUGAAAGACGAGGAUAUUAUGGAAUUUGGCAGCACUUGGAGAAUGAGUAUCCAGGAUCGAACAUUAUGUUUGCAACAGCAACAGAUGACGAAUCCAUAAGAGUGGAGCAACAAUCUGAUGAAGAAACGAAAGCAGAAGCAAUGGAAGUUUUGAGGAAAAUGUUUGGAAAGAAUAUCCCUGAAGCAACUCAUAUAAUGAUUCCUCGAUGGAAAUCUGACAGAUUUUACCGAGGUUGCUUCACAAAUUGGCCUGUUGGCUAUCCUCAAAAGCGUCAUGACCAGUUGCGAGCUCCGAUUGGUAAAAUCUACUUCACAGGGGAGCAUACACACCCCCAAUUAUAUGGAUAUGCAGAUGGUGCAUAUUUUGCAGGUGCUGAUACAGCAAAAGAUGCAAUUCAAUGCCUGAAGAAUAAAAUUUGCAGAGCUCAAGAUCUUGUAUUUUAUGAACAAAUAAAACAUGUUGAAGUUGAUUGUCAUUUUGUGCGUGAUGCUAUCACUGAAGGUCUUAUAUCUCCAUCAUAUGUGUCUGGCAAAGCACAAUUAGCUAAUAAUUUUACUAAGGCUCUAGGCAAGCCUCGGUUUUUCUUGGACAUUGUGGAACAUUCUCAUGCUUCGACUUGA